UAGGUUGGACUUAUGUCCAUGCAAUCGCUAUAACUGGCUCUUAUGGAGAACGUGGGAUUGAUUCUUUUCGUGCUGCAGCUGCUAAAGUUGGUGUAUGUAUUGAUGGUGACGUCCAUAAAAUCAAUCAACGAUGGACAGAUACUCAGUUCAAGUAA